AGGCAGAAGCCACUUUUUUUGGACUCCUUUGGUCCUUUGUAGUUCAGUGGAACAAAGGUGAGAUCAGUAAAAGGUCAUCGUGUUAAAAGCGAGCUAACGUCAGACACAGGUUUGACUUUCAGUCGACAACUUCUCCAGCUGAAAGUGCUGCGCUGGUUAAACACACACACAUGUGACGACAAACAUGGAGAACAAGUCUCUGUUUGGUGGUGGAACAGGCAGCUUCUUUGGGUCGAGCACCUUUAACCAGCCGGGCGCCUCUUCUACCAGCACAGGACUUGGUUUUGGUGCAACAAGUGGAACAUCCUGCAGCAUUUUUGGAAACUCUGGGGGCAGCACCGUUACAGAACCGUUCUCUCAGCUGAGCAACACCUUCGGUGACAACAAACCCUCAACUCCUGGAUGUGUUCCAGCCGGUGGACCGAGCUUCUGUGGCGGUGCCGCCCCCGCCUUCCUCGUGGCCAGCCCCACCUUUGGUGGCUCUGGGGGAUUGGCCACUCAACAAUUUGGGACGACUUUCAAAUACAACGAGCUAGGACCCGGUGACUACCAGUCAGACAGGAAAGGCUCGACCAAUCAGAUGGCUGUAGGAACAUACAGCGUGUUCGGUCCAGGCCCGUCCACCUCCGGCACCAACACCGACCCGUUUCACCCUACAGUCCCAGACAACAGUUUCCCCUUCGGCCAAAACAAAAGAACCCUGGAACCAAUAAACACUCCGGGCUUCAACAAUAUCACGGGAAGUCUUUUUGGACAACAGGCCCAGCAGCACGGCAGCACCUUCAAGAUGUUUGGUGAGACCACCAACACCAGCCUCUUCUCCAACAACACGGCGGGACAGAGCGACAGGAGCAGCAUGGGUUUCCUUGGAAACACAGCAGGGGCGUCGUCGGGCGGACUCUUUGGACACACCAACACUGCCACGGGGUUGUUUGGACAAACUAACUCUGAGUUUGGAGCCGUCGGACUGGGCACACAGAGUUUCCCCACAACCACCUCCACCGUCACGGCCUCCUUUGGGAACUCUGUGGCCGUCCCAUCAUGCUUUGGUGCAGCUACCACCACUCCUUCUCUAAGUACUUCCCUGAACUCCUCGUCCACCGGAGGCACCAGCAGCACUUUUUCAGAUUUUGGUGGGAACUGCAGCCUUGCGUCGCUGAUCAGAACCAACGCCCCCGUCACUGCUCCGUCCCUGAGCUCAACCCUGACUCCAUGUUAUAGUGGAGCUGGGCUCAUGGGAAACAAAGCUGCAUUCACACCAGAAACAGGAAACAGCGCCUCCACAAGUACUACUACUGGAGUAUCUGACUACAGGUCGGGCACAAAAAGACCAGAGAUUGGACUGGGAUCCCACUCUUCAGUGGAGGUGGGGGCCGGACAGACGUUCCCAUGGGGGAACAACCACAACAAGCUGUUUGGAACAACUGGUACAUUUGGAACCAGCAGCACCGGCCCUGGUGCUUCACAUCAGCCUUUCCCUCUUGUUGAUCCAAAUGCAGUGGCUACCCAGAAGGCCAUGCUCCAGGACAUUCACAGCUACCUUACACUGACACCAUACGGAGACUCAUCACUGUUCAGAAAUACACUACCUGACCUCAAGGGGGAGACUGGCCCUCAGCUGCAUGGGAAACCAGUCAAUGCCUCUGUCCAUCGUGGUCUGUACCACGCCCCCCCGCCUCCCAUCAGAACCUGCCCCCAGGGCCCGUCGCCGUUCCGAUCCUCUGAGUCACAGUUGCUGUUUUACCUGGAUGACGAUGAACCGUCGCUCAACAAAAGACCCUUCAGGUACCCAGGCAAAGAAAAGACUAGAGGAUUCAAGCAGUUUCCGGUGUUUACAGCCAAACUCCACAGGAUCUUUCAGAAGCGCAUCACAAAAAUUGUGCUGAAGAAACAGAGCAAUCCUGGACAGAUCUGGAGGAACAUCUUGAUCACUCCCUGAGACCAGAGUGUGGACGGCUGCUGGGAAGACCGAAUGACGUCAGCCUUUGACCAGGAGCCGCACCUCAACGUCUCACAAACUUUUAUUUAUUUAUUUAUUUAUUUUUCUGUGGUUUUCACAUGUAGACGUACCAGCAGUCAGCUAUAAAGUAUAUGGUGGAGUUCGAUUAUAACAUUUAUAACCUAUUGUUUUAAGGACGUAAAAAACAUAUCAUGUAAUUUGACGUUCAUUUAUUUAAAAAAAAA